GAUAAGGGUGGCACGCAAGGUAAAGGAAAAUGGCGGCAAAAGGGCAUGUUCUUGAUCCUUUAAACAAACAAAGAGGCAUGGGUUAGAGCGGAGUUGCGCAUAAGCAGUGACAUCCCAAAACAAAUAGUGCCAAUUUGGCUAUUUGCAGGACAGAGUCGCCAGUCGUCGCUGUGCUCCCCCUGUCUCCUACUCCCGUGAGAAACCAAGAAGCAGGCCAGCGACCUCCAAGCAGCAGCAUCCAUGGCGCCGGGAGAGGAGGUGGGCAGAAGGGGUGUCCCUUCCCUGCUCGGCGACGGCGGAAUCGGGCAGGAACACAUCGCGUCCGACGUCACCCAGCUCAUAGGAUGGACGCCGCUGAUCGAGCUGAAGCGGAUCGCCGGGAAGGACGGAGUGGGUGCCCGGAUCGUCGGCAAGAUCGAGGCCUACCAGCCACUCUGCUCCGUCAAGGAUCGCAGCGCUUUGAGGAUGAUCGAAGAUGCUGAAGAGAAAGGGUUGAUUUCACCCGGUGUCACGACUCUGGUAGAGCCAACGAGCGGGAAUUUGGGGCUAGGACUGAUUCUCAUUGCUCUGAGCAAAGGUUACAGGUUCGUCGCGGUGAUGCCGGGCCUGUACUCGCUUGAUAAGCAGAUCCUGUUGAGAUACAUGGGUGCUGAGUUGUUCUUAACCGAUCCAGCACUCGGUUUUCCGGGGAUAAUGGACAAGGUCGAACAGCUGAAGAAAGAAUUACCCAACGUACAUGUUCUUGAUCAGUUCUCCAAUCCAGCAAAUCCUGAUGCACACAUCAGAUGGACUGGUCCUGAGAUUUGGAAGGAUACUGCUGGAAAGGUGGACAUUUUUGUUGCCGGUUCAGGCUCAGGAGGUACGGUAUCUGGUGUUGGAAAGUAUCUCAAGAUGCAAAAUCCAAAUGUGAAGAUCAUUUGUGUGGAACCAGCAGAGAGUCCAGUAAUUGCAGGUGGCGAGCCAGGCAAGCAUAAAAUCCAGGGAAUAGGACCAGGAUUCAUACCAGAGAUUUUGGACACCUCGGUCAUCGAUGAAGCAGUCAGUGUGACCACUGAGGAUGCAAUGGCGAACGCGAGGAGGUUGGCAAUGGAAGAAGGCCUGCUUGUGGGCAUAUCUUCUGGAGCUAAUUUGGCAGCUUGCUUGAAGGUCGCAGCGAGAGAAGAGAACAAGGGGAAGAUGAUUGUGACCAUGUUCCCUAGCGGAGGCGAGCGAUACAUGAACUCAGACCUCUUUGCCACUGUAAGAGAAGAGUGUGUGGCCAUGACCUUUUGAUCUCACAUUUUAUUCAGAAGAGUUGUAUGUACAA